AUAACCCUAAAAGAAAUUGGUGAGAAAGAGACGUUCUGAAUCUCCUUCAAUUUCUGGGUUUUUAGGAAAGCGAAGAUGAAGAAAUCAUCACCUCCCUUGUCGAUUGAGCUCAUCCUGGAGAUAAUCUCGAGAUUGCCCGGAGAUUCAGUCGCGAGGUGUCGUUGCGUGUCGAAGGAAUGGGCAUCAAUGCUCGCUACUCCGUAUUUCAAGUCCUUGUUUCUGACCAAGUCCUUGUCUAAGCCGCGGCUCUUAUUCGCCAUCUCAGACGACGGAAACCCCAGAGGCCGUGGCGCGUGGUGCUUCUUCUCGUCGCCUCAGCUUGAGGAUCCUUAUGAGAAAUCAUCCUCCUCGACUCUUGUAUCAGCCGCUGAGUUUCACGUGUGUAAGUUCUCUGUAUGGGAUAUAGAGAUCGAUCAUUACAGUAACAUCAAGUACUUCUCAUGUGGCUACAACUCUGGCUUGAUCUAUUUCCAUGGCUCUCGAUCCCAAGGUAAACCUUUGAUCUGUUACCCAAACACUGGACGGUACGCCAUCUUACCUGAACGCUAUACUUACAGAAAACACUAUAAUUAUAGAAAGGCCUAUAGCUUUUUUGGUUUUGAUCCGAUUGGCAAAGAGUACAAGGUAUUGUACAUGGCCUAUGCCUCUGGUCCUGGCGAUCAUGCCCUUCUUACAUGUGGAGCGCCUGCAGAUAUGAGGUGGAGAAAGAUCGAAUGUUCCUUAAAACAUGAGAUUAGAAGUGAUGGGGUUUGCAUCAACGGUGUUGUCUACUACUUAGGUAACACCAAGGGUUGGGUUGACCCGGAUGGUUAUGUGAUUGUUUGCUUUGAUUUGAGGUCUGAAAAGUUCAGCUUUAUCAACAUUGAAAGGUUUUGUCGAUUGGUCAACUUUAAGGGCAAGUUAGCUAUGAUUUACUGGGAGGAUGAUUUCGACUUUUAUGAGGCUGCUACUUCUGAUUCGGAUAUCGACAAGUAUUUGGAAAAGAAACUCGUCGCUGAUGCCAAUAAUGAGUUGCAUGUUUGGGUUCUAGAGGAUGUAGCCAAACAGGAUUGGUCCAAACACACCUACACUUGGAGUACUGAUAACAUCUUCUUCCGUCGUCACGUUUCCAUUGCUGGAGUCACCGCUUCUGGUGAGAUUGUGUUUUCCAUGCGCAAGUAUACCUCUAAGAAACCGUUUUAUGUUUUCUACUUCAGUCCCGAGAGGAACAUUCUCCAACGUGUUGAAAUCCAAGGUUUUUUUAGUCAAGGGUUUAAGAAUCCUUGUAGCGUUCGCACCUUUGUUAACCACGUUGAGGAUCUUCAUGUUGACGAUUUACGACUGCUCAACCGGAUUUAUGCUCCAUUUGACGAGACAGAUGAUUCAGAAUCAGAAUCAGAUACAGAUGAACUUCUUUAAAUGGUUCCUUUGUUGUUGAACUGGCAUAUUCAUGUGGAUGAUCUGGUUACUAUGAAGAACUUAUUUUAUAUCUUGAAGAACAUCUCUACUCUCUAGUCUCUAGCUUGAUUGUAAAGAUUUUCUAAGUUUUAGUUUUAAGUUUCAUUGUUAAAAGCAUCCAAAAGGUGACUCUACCUAGUUGUAACUCCAACUGAUGCAGUUUAAUUCAAUCCUUUCCUAACUCAA